UGCUGUCAGCUUAUUCUAGAUUCUAGACUAAACUAGAGAGUUAAGAACUUAAGAGAGAUCAAGAUUCUACUAUAUAAUAAUGGGCUCACGUAAUAAAAAUGCAGAAGACUUCUUUGCCAAUAUGCCGAAUCCAGAUGCUAUAUUUCAGUCAUGGUGGCCUUUUAUUAUAGCUGGAACUGUUGGUACAAUUUAUGGAGUUCGGCAGUGGGUUAGAGGACCAAAAUGUAUCGGUGGAUCCAGAAUGAAGGGAAAAACUAUUAUUGUAACUGGAGCGAAUGGUGGGAUUGGUAAAGAAAUAGCCUUGCAGCUUGCUCACAGAGGUGGCAAGGUCAUCAUGGCCUGUAGAGAUGCUGUAGAGGGCAAGAAAGCUGCUGAGUUUGUGCGGAAGGAAACAGAAAAUAUGGAUGUUUACUUUAUGAAACUGGACUUGAACUCUUUUAAAUCUAUCCGAGAAUUUGUGGAGAAAUUCAAGAAAAAGGAGAGCAAUCUGCACCUUCUCAUCAAUAAUGCUGGUGUGAUGAUGUGUCCACAGGAAAAGACAGAAGAUGGUUUUGAUGUUCAAUUUCAAACAAAUUAUCUUGGACCAUUUCUGUUGACGGAGCUUCUCUUGGAUAUUCUUAAAGCCUCUGCACCAAGUCGUAUCAUCAACACGACCGCUUCCGCCCACAAUCUAGGGGACAUCAACUUUGAUGACAUCAACCUAGAGAAGAAACAGUACAGCCUCGGGGAUGUCUAUGCCCAGAGCAAGCUGGCAGUUGUCUUACACACAUUCCAACUGGCUGAGAGAUUGAAAGAUACUAAAGUAACUUGUAAUGUGGUCAACCCUGGCAUCUGUAACACUGACAUCUAUCGCUACCUACCUUUAAAGUCUAAGAAAUUCAUCAGAGUCAGCUUUGCUCCAUUCAUGUGGUUUUUGAUGAAGUAUCCAGAAGAUGGUGCCCAGAUCAGCAUUUAUUUGUCUACAGCAGAUGAAUUAGCAGAAACAUCUGGAAAACAUUUCAAAGAUGCCAAAGAACAGCCUCUGAGUGGCAAGUGUUUAGACAAGCUUCUCCAGGAGCAACUCUACAGGGCAUCAUUGAAAUGGAUUGAGCAAUCCAAAGAAUCUCAGAUUGAAAACACAAAAGCUGAUGACGUAGACAAUAGUCACUCCAAGAAGUCCGAAACUAAAUCCAAGACCGAUUCCAGCAUGGAGAGAGUACAGUUAUAAGACAGCCUCUUUCGGGCAUCGUUCAACCAAAGUAGAUCAUGAUUCCAGCAUGGAGAGAGUACAGUUAUAAGACAGCCUCUUUCGGGCAUCGUUCAACCAAUGUAGAUACUGAUUCCAGCAUGUAGUGAUUUUGCAGCCUCUCUGGGGUUUAGACCAGAAUAGAUUAAUUAGGUGUUUAUGUAUGUAUGUAUGUUUUCAUUUUACCUGCAUGAUAGUGUUGGAUGUUCAUAUAGUAUGUUUCUUAUUUUCUUCAGUAAACUGUUCUUACCAUUGCCCCAAUCUCAUAGUGUCAACUCAAAUUGAUCAAAAUUGUGUCAAUUAUAGCUUUGGAUUGAAUGCCAUCAUAGAGUUUAGAAAGUUGAGUCAGUCUUCAAAUGUUUUGUUUGUUUCUUUGUUUGCAUCAGAUUUAAAACAAUCAACUGUGAUAUGUAAUUAUUUCAACUGCCCUAUCUGCAUGGUAAAUAUAGAGCUGAGUGAUAUUGGACCCUCCUUAACUAUCUUUCAGCUUCUCAACACAGUUUUUUUUUCUCUACACAAUAAAGAGAAGGAGGAACAACUUUUAAAACUGUACACAGUCCAUUAAUAGCAUCAUUUAUUGCAUAAUUCUCAUUAAUCUUUAAACUCGUAGACAAGCCUUAUUAUUAUUUAUUGGCAUUUACACAUUUUUUUGGCAUCAUUCUACUCUUUAUGUAAUCAGUACAAAUCAAUUUUGCUUUAGUUUAGUCCUCUUGUUUUGUUUUGCUUAAAAAUAUUUGGAGACCUCAGCCAACAAUCAAAAGUAUAAAGCAUUGUAUCCUUAGUUAGACGUUUGCAACUGAGAUAUAUUCCAUUUUAUUUAAUAGUAAUAGCCCACCAUAUAUAGGCUUACCAGAUUAAUGACAAUUUGUCUUUUUUUUUCUUUAAGUUAAAGACAUUUCAACUUACUUUGUAAUAAUUAUGUAUCAAGAAACAAAAUCUCAGUGGUAUUGUUUAACAAGUCAUUACAUGUUUUAAGACGAGCUACAUCCCACAAUCAUUUAAACAAAUAUAAAGCUUGACAUUCUGUAGUAGUGUGAUAGAUAAUAGUAAUUUAAGUUUCAACUCACUAAAUGGUAUCAAUGUUGUAUUGAAUGUUAUGUAACUAGAUUGUUCUUGUGUUAUUAAAUUACAGGGUGUUGUACAAAGUUUGUAGUCAAUUCGUUGAAUCACUCGUUGAUGUUACCUGGUUUUAAAACAGCUAAAGAUAAACUUUGGAAUGAGUCCAUGCUUUUCAUGUGUACAUUCUGACAUUCCAGUGUGUUUCAUUGUUAAUCAUCAUCUGGAAAAAUUAAGAAAUUGAAACAAAUUUUGGUAUUUUUUUCAGAAGUGGUUCAGCUCAAAUAUUAAAUGUAUUGAUUCAUUUUCCUAUGCAUUUACCUAAAUGUUCACAUUAUAAGAUUGAUUGAAUAAAUGUAAUCUUUGAAAAAUCUGUUACAUGAUGCAUGGGUGUGUUGGGUCUUAUAUCAACUUGAGAUAAUGUGUCCCAUCGAGUUAAAAAUGCUGUUGCUUUUAAAGAAGUAUAGACAUUUCAUUUAUAAAAUGUAUGGUACUUUAUCUUGAAAAAAUAAUCAAAAGUAUAUUUCUCUAAAUUGCUAGGUUUCAUUUUUGUUUUUAUGCUAAUUUCAAAGUGAUGAAUUACUUAUUUUCAUUUUAUCAUAAACAUCUCUGUUAGAAAAAUAACUUCAAGUGUUUAUAGUUUUUAUUGGUUCUGCUCUCUCUCAGGGUUUUUUUAAAGUUAUCAUUUGACUAGUUAUUCUAAUCUUAUCAUUUUCCCUAUUAUACCCAAACAGUAGUGAGCACAAAAACACCACAUUCUUUUUGAAUGCCAUCAGUCAGCCAUCCAUAAUCCUAACUCAUUUUUAAAGAUUUCUUUAUUAAGGACAAUUUUAAUGCACUGAUUAUGAUGUGAUGAACCUACUCUGGAUACUUCUGCAUUUAUAACAAAUAUUCAAUGUAUACAAAAAGGAAUUAUGUUCUUAAUCAUUCAAACCAAACUUUGAGCUAUACAGCUGUAAAUAAAUUUUUAUAGGUGUGUGUGUAAAGAUAACAAGAUCUAAAUAUUUCAUUUACACUUGGCAUUUAUUAUGUCACUAUUGUUCAAUGCUAAACUUAGUGAUUUUUUCUUGUGUUUUACAUUUAUGAAGAGUUUAUCUUGUUGCAUGUUUCUUUAUAUCAGAAUUCUAAAAGCAAUACAAUUUGUAUCAAUGUGUAAUCGGAUGUUUGCUUGGGCUGGAAAUGCAUGUUAAAUUUAAACCUAUACGUAUAAUUGUAUGUUGGGUAUCAUCUCAAAGCAGUGGCUGUUAAUCAAUAUAUUUGAUGUCCUCAGUGUACCAGUAUAUUCUCUCUAUUGCUCUGUUGAUUAUGUUAUUCUAUCCAAAGAUUCAAUGUACAUACAGCCCUUUUGUUUUUAAGUACAAGAAGAAAAGCAUUGUGGACAAUAAUUAGAACAAAAUCCCAACUCCAUUUCUAUUUUGAUCAUCUUUGUUCCAAAUUUGACUCAUUUGAAAGCAAUGCAGUGGCAAUCAAAGGUUAACUUGAUAUUCAAGAUCUUUAUGGGCUGAUUUGUGUAUAUCUUGCCUAUAGUUUCCAUGUUUUUAACUAUGAACUACAUUUCUUUUAUGAAUGAAAAACUGCUGACCUUAUUUAUUUCAAAACUGCCAUUACAGUCUGAAUUUUUUUUUUUUUAAGUGUUCUUUUCUUACCUAUACAUUAUUAUUCAGCUCUUGUAUUUCCAUUAAAUAUUUGUUUAUUAAAAAAAAAAGGACACUUCA